AUGGACGCGAGUUUCACUCCUCGGGAAACGGUCCGCAAGGCUCAAGGCUCCGAUGAGUAUGACAUCGUCAUCGUUGGUGCUGGGCCGGUAGGCCUCUUGCUCUCAACAUGUUUGGCACGGUGGGGUUACAAGAUCAAACAUAUCGACAAUCGGCCGGAGCCUACAAAGACCGGUCGAGCAGAUGGAAUCCAACCUCGCUCCCUGGACCUGUUGCGCAAUAUGGGCCUGAAGCCGGCCAUUAUGGCCUAUGAACCCGCCAAAGUUUACGAAGUGGCCUUCUGGGAUCCCAGUUCGAGUGGGAAAGGUAUCCAUAGAACGGGCACGUGGGCUAGUUGUCCGAGCUUCAUUGACGCCAGAUACCCCUUUACCACUCUUCUCCACCAGGGCAUGAUCGAGCGAGUCUUCAUAUCGGAUCUGGAAAAGAAUGGAGUGGAGAUUCAAAGGCCCUGGACUAUCAAGAGCUUCAGAUCAGACGAAGCGAAAAACCCGGAAUACCCUGUCGAGGUGGAUCUAGAACAUGUUGACGGGAAGGAAAAGGAGACUGUGAAGGCGAAGUACCUUUUCAGUGGUGAAGGUGCUCGUUCUUCCGUGCGAGAACAACUGAAGAUUGGAAUCAAGCACAAGGAUCCAAUUGCGCACGUGUGGGGAGUGAUGGAUGGUGUUGUGAAGACGGAUUUUCCCGACAUCAAGAUGAAAUGCACAAUCCACUCGGAUCAUGGUUCGAUAAUGGUCAUUCCUCGAGAGGAUAACAUGGUCCGCCUAUACAUCCAAAUCGCCUCUUCAACCGACAAAGACUGGAACCCCAGGAAAUCCGCAACCGAGGAAGAGGUGCAAAGUUCUGCCAAGCGCAUUCUUGAGCCUUUCAAGAUAGAAUGGGAGCGAGUAGAAUGGUACUCCGUGUAUCCAAUUGGACAGGGAAUUGCGGAAAAAUACACACUUGAUCACCGGGUGUUUAUGGGAGGUGAUGCCUGCCACACACACAGUCCCAAAGCUGGUCAGGGUAUGAACACCGCGUUCCUCGAUGCACUCAACCUGGCCUGGAAGAUCCACCACGUAGAAGCGGGAUUUGCAGAACGUUCUCUUCUCCACUCCUACGAAUCCGAGAGAAAGCUCAUUGCAGAAAAUCUCUUGAAUUUCGAUGCUAAGUACGCAGCGUUGUUCUCUCAAAAAGCUCCUGCAGCGAAAGACGUUGCAGCCGCUACAGAAUCCGCAGGCCCUGGCGAGGAAAACGAGAACCAGUUCAUUAAGACGUUCAAGGAAUCCUGCGAGUUCACAAGUGGUUACGGUGUAGCCUACAACCCAAACUCGCUCAACUGGGACACCUCGCACCCAGCCCAGUCAAGCCUCAUCAACCCCAAGGGCAACAAGAACCGCACCGGUCGUAUCCUUAUCAACUCAAAUGUCACCCGGGUCGUCGACGCUAAUGUGGUACACCUUGAGCAAGUAAUACCAGUCAACGGUUCCUUCAGAGUUUACGUCUUUGCCGGCAAGCCAUCAACCACCAAGAAGGCCCUCCAAGACUUUGCCCAGGGUCUGACUAAGAAGAAUUCUUUCUUGAGUACCUACCUGCGGAGUGAUAUCGACAAAGUCUCACACCACGAGCAACAUAAUCCACACAGCCACUUCUUCACUUUCUGCACUAUCUUCGCGAGCAAGCGUAGCAGCAUCGAGAUAUCCAGAGACGUCCCGGAGGUGCUGGCAAGGUACAGAGAUCAUGUCUACGCAGACGAUAUCUGGGACCAGAGAGUUCCUGACGCCAAGGCUUCCGCGCAUGCUAAGAUGGGGUUGGAUGAGGAGAAGGGAGGCGUUAUUGUUGUGAGACCUGAUGGGUAUGUUGGGAUCGUCACCGCCUUGUCUGAGGGGAGCGGGACCGUCGAUGCGCUGAACCAGUACUUCUCGGCGUUCUGUUCGAAGCCGUUGGGCGAGACGCGAGCGCAAUUGUAA